AUGCCCGUCAACGGCGCUCAUCGUCGCAAUGGCAGCGUGAGACGCGCAAGCUCGCAAAAAAACCAGCGGCGUCCGAUUGCGCAUUUCGACCUCGAUCCCGAAUUACCUGACCGGUCCCUGGUCAAUGGGAACGGCAGCGGCAACGGCAACGACCCAGACUCUCUCGACCAUUCGUCCGAUAACAGCAACGCCGCCACUUCUCAGAACCACAACGGCACGAACAAACGUCGACCAAACAUGCCACGCAAAGCAUCCUCACCGAUGGCGCCCGCCUUUAUGGUGUCGGCGCCAGGCAAGGUCAUUGUAUUUGGCGAACAUGCUGUGGUUCACGGCAAAGCCGCUUUAGCAGCCGCGAUCUCUCUUCGCUCCUAUCUUCUCGUAACAACGCUCUCCAAGUCACAUCGUACGAUAACGUUGAAUUUUCGCGACCUGGGAUUGAAUCACACGUGGGACAUCGACACCCUGCCUUGGAACGUCUUCCAUCAGCCAUCUAAGAAGAAGUUCUACUAUGAUCUGGUCACGGAGCUCGACCCUGAAUUGGUCGAUGCCAUUCAACCCCAUCUUGAGCCCGUCUCGAGACAUCUCCCGGAAGAUCAGCGCAAGAUUCAUGUCCGUUCCGCAUCAUCCUUCCUCUAUCUCUUCCUUUCGCUCGGUUCUCCGCAAAGUCCCGGCGCCAUCUACACCCUGCGUUCGACCAUUCCUACGGGAGCCGGCCUCGGCAGCAGUGCCAGCGUGUGUGUAUGCUUGAGUGCGGCGCUGCUUCUGCAAAUCCGCACGUUGGCAGGGCCACAUCCAGAUCAACCGCCGGAGGAGGCAGAGACACAGAUUGAGCGCAUCAACCGCUGGGCCUUUGUGGGUGAGAUGUGUAUUCACGGAAACCCCAGUGGCGUGGACAACACGGUUGCAUCUGGGGGCAAGGCGGUGAUCUUCAAGCGGCCGGAUUAUCUCAAGCCCUCGAUUGUCAUUCCUAUCCCUCAAUUCCCUGAACUGCCUCUCUUGCUCGUCGACACGCGGCAGUCUCGUUCGACCAUGACCGAGGUCGCGAAAGUGGGCGAGUUAAAGAAAGCGCACCCCGUGGUGACGGAGUCCAUCUUGAAUGCCAUUGACCAGGUGACCUGCUCCGCGCAGCGUCUGCUCGAGGAACCCGACUUUGUGGGCGAUUCAAAGGAGACUCUGGCUCAUUUCGGUACUCUCAUCCGCAUCAACCACGGGUUCCUUGUCUCCCUGGGUGGUUGGACCAAGUUGACCGGUGCUGGUGGCGGCGGCUGUGCCAUGACCCUCCUCCGACCAGACAUUCAACCGGAAGUCGUUCGUGACUUGGAACAGAAGCUCGACAGUGAGGGAUUCACCAAGUACGAGACGACCCUCGGCGGUCGUGGUAUUGGAGUCCUGUACCCUGCGGUGCUGCGCACAGGCUCUGAUGAAGAGGGCGGUGUGGAGAUCGAUCAGCAAAAGUUCGAGAAUGCCGAGGGCCCUGAGGGCAUUGAAGAGCUCGUAGGGGUCGGGUAUCACGAACACCGCGAGGGUUGGAAGUUCUGGGAACGUGCCACAUAA